UUGUGAAAGAUUUUCAUAAAUUUUUUAUUUGUAGUUAUCAUUAAAUAAAUGUCCGAAUAUAAAAUGAUAAAAUUUUCAACAAUAAUCUAUUGUUGGCUAAUAUUGAUGGCCACCAUCAAUAUGGUCAAUAUGGCAACAAUAACAUUGGAUCUUGAUGAACAACAAUGUUUUCAUGAACAUUACAUUGAUCAGAACAGGACUGAUAUUACAGUAAAAUUAUCGAUCAUAUUCGAUGUGAUUGCCGGCGGUUUUAAUGAUAUAAAUUUUCAUCUGAAAAACAUUCAAACAGGUAAUAAUAUAUGUCGAAGAUCUGGAAUAUCUUAUGAACGAUUAUUUAUUGCUUUAAAUGAUCCUGGUACAUAUGAAUAUUGUUUCGAUAAUGAUGGUCAAUCGGUAUCACAAUCAAUAAAAUGGAUUCGUUUUAAUGUGAUUCUUUCAACCAAUUAUCUGAAUGCACAAAAUCAAACAUACAAUGUUGUUGAUCAAGAUGAUGAAAAACAAAAACUUAUUGGAUUGAAUCAACAGCUUUAUAUGAUUAAAUAUGAAGCAGAAAUACAACGUUUUUCAUUAAUUGUUCAUCAUGAAAUUAAUGAAUAUACUAAUUAUAUGUUAACAGUUUGGAGUGCAUUCGAAUCAUCAAUCAUUGUUUUGAUUGUUGUUGGACAAAUUUGA